UUAUAAUAAUUGCUCUGACUCACUGAUUUUAUGGAACAUUUUAAAUUAUAGGUAUUAUUCAGUUAACGUAAUACAAUAUUUAUAAAUACACAAAAACUUGAUUUCAACUCGGUACUGGACCGAUGUUUGUGAGACAAAUAAACAUCUUCCAUCAUUUAAAUAGCAGUGGAUUUUAGUGGUUUUCAGUCAAUAACAAUGGUGUUAGAACUGUUCUUUUUGGUGUUAGUGGCAUUAUUUGAUGCCCAUGUGCAAAGUGAGAUUACGGUAAAUGUUUAUACUAAUAAUUUUCAAUCAAAAGAAGCGAUUAUCCCAUCAAUCGAGAGCUUAAAAAGUGUUAUUCCAAAUAAAACUUACAGGGUGGAAAUUUCAAACCAGACUAUUGCUAGAUUACCUAGCGGAGUGUUAGAAGGUGCGACUAUUAGCGAACUAAAACUCAAGCAUGACCAACUAAAAGACAUUGAGCCCGGUGCUCUGCAGGGAGCACACAUCAACGCAAUUUUGUUAGAUCACAACGAAAUUGAAACCGUCAAAAAAGGCGUCUUCAACAAUAGGUCAAUAUGGAAGCUUCAUUUAUCCAACAACCAGAUUUCCACCAUCGAGGAUGAUGCUUUCGACACUUUGGAUGUGAGUUUUCUACAACUAAACAACAAUAAUCUUGAAAACAUUAGGGCAGGUAUAUUUCAUAAUACUAAAGUUUCAACCUUAGAUUUGAGCAAUAACAAAAUUCAAAAAAUUGAAGUGAAUGCUUUAACUCAGAUAACAAGUCUAUUCAACGUUCAACUAAGUAACAACCUUAUUAAAGAUCUUGGAGGAAUUUUCUCUAAGUUGUUUACUGUAACUAACCUUAACUUGGGCAACAAUAAAAUUGAAGUUAUUGAACCGAAUAGUUUUGCUGGUUCCAGGCUAUUCACAUUACAUCUUCAAGAUAACAACAUAAAAGAACUAAAAACAAACUCUUUUAAUGGCCUAAGUUUGAACUUUUUGAAUCUUAGUAACAAUCACAUUUCGUCAAUCGACAGUGACGCUUUCGCAGAUCAGCCCCAAAUUUCUUCGAUUAUUCUCUCACACAACAAUAUUGGAAAUUUGGAAUCAAAAUUUCUUAAGGGCAUAAAUUCACAACAUGCAUCUUUGUUUUUAGAUAACAACAACAUCGUUAAUGUAGAGCCUGGAGCAUUUGACGAUAUUGUCAUUGGAGUAUUGAAGUUACAAGAAAAUAAAAUUGAAUUAAUUAAGAGAGGAGUUUUUAACAAAAAGAAUUUCUACUCCAUCAAUUUGGCAAAACACAAAAUUUCUAAAAUUGAAGACAGAGCAUUCAAAGACUUGGUUGUAGACAGUCUUACGCUUUCAAAAAAUCUACUUAGUACUCUCAAAAAAGAUGCAUUCCUUGGAGCUAAGAUCAGUAAUGUUAAAUUAGAUAAUAAUCAAAUAAGUAACAUUGAAAAUUCUACUUUCCAUCACAUUAACAGUUUGAAACGUCUAGACCUCAGUAAUAACCGAAUUGGAGAUAUUACAAACCUGUUUAGCUAUUUAGAUCAAUUGAAUGAUCUUAACUUGGACAACAACUUAAUUAAAGUACUUAACCCAAACGACUUUGCAGGCUCCGAAAUAACUACUCUUUCUAUUAAUAACAAUCAGUUGGUUCAAAUCGGCAAGGGAGUUUUCAAUGAUCUUCUAUUUAUGUCUAUCUCUCUUAUUGAUAACUUGAUUUCUAAAAUCGAAGAAGGUAGUUUUGAUGAUACAGACGAACUUCUUAACUUGAGACUUGGAAGCAACAAAAUUGGCGAUUUUACUCCUGCUUCGUUGGGAACACUAAACAACGAAGAAUUAGAAUUAAGCCUUGACGAUAAUGGGAUUUCCAAUAUUGCACCCAACUCAUUCAGCCAAGUAACAGCACUUUCAUUAAAACUUCAAAACAACUCCUUAACGGCCAUUAAAAGAGAUGGAUUUAAAAGUGCAGAAAUCGGUUUCAUUAGUUUGUCCAAAAACCAGAUUUCUAGCGUAGAAGAAAAUGCUUUUGAAGAUGUUAAGGGACUGAAUUUAAUUGAUUUAAGCUUUAACAAACUACAUGUGCCAGUUAGUUCCAACUCAAAGCAUAUCAAUUUAUUUGUCACACCCGGAGCUGACUUAAGUAAAUACAGAAGUGAAACUUUAGACAAUCUGGCUCAGGCAUCACGUGGAAAUCGGGUCGAGUUUUAAGCACAAAAGUGUUUUAAUAUUUCUUGUAUAUUGAAUAUUUUUGUUCAUUUUUACUAUAGGAAACUUAUUGUUCUUCAAUUGUUAAAAAUUGACAAUACUGUUUUAAUUCUUUUACUAUAUUGUUUUAUCAUUGUUGUUUCUUAAAUAAGGGAAAUAUUGUGAUUCACCUGCAAAAUGUCUUUUCCACAAAGUAAUUUGCUUUUUAUUGUGUACAUAUUAACAAUAUUUUCCCAGGUUUGUUUAAUUUGUUUAAUUGGAAAUUUCGCUAUGUAAUUAUUUCGUAGAUAUUUCAUUACCCUUAUCUAUUAGUUUAAAAGUAUGUAAUGUGUUCUUGUCCUUGUCUUUGUUUUAUAUUAUAAAAAUUACAGUAUUAAAAUAUUCUUUGA